AUGGCAUGCCUGCACGAUCACGAGUGUGGGGAUCACAACUGCGCCGCCGAUUGGUCGCUCUACAAUCACAUCGACAUCCCCAAGGUGGUGGCUCUGAACGAAUCUGUGGCCGGGAGCGUCAAAUCGGUCUUCAAGUCGUGGGACCAGCGCCUCGAGACUUCCGUGGGUUUUCUGGAGAGCAAUGAGGGUGACCCUGAGUUACUUGUUUUCAUCCCAUUUACCUCAGAUGUGAAGAUCAAGAGCAUCGCUGUUGUUGGUGGUGCUGAUGGAACAAGUCCUUCAAGAAUGAGAGCAUUUAUCAAUAGAGAAGGUAUUGACUUUUCUGAUGCUCAAAACAUGCAGCCUGUGCAGGAAUGGGAACUGGCAGAGAAUUUGCAGGGAGUUCUUGAGUAUCAAACCAGGUAUUCAAGGUUCCAAGGUGUGGCCAACUUAACUCUGCAUUUUCCUGAUAACUUUGGUGGUGAUACGACUAAGAUAUAUUACAUUGGUUUGCGUGGUGAAGCUACUCAGAACAAAAGGGAUGUUGUGGCCACAAUUGUGUAUGAAGUAAUGCCCAAUCCAUCUGAUCACAAGUAA